AUGUCAAGUCACGCUAAGAGUCGCGCAGCAGGAGGCGUCCUGCCUGUGAAUGCUGCGGCCAGGAAGAAUGCAGCUGUUCAGUCUGCGUCAAAGUCUUCUCCAAGGACGCCAGCACCCAGACUGAGGUUGAUCAUCCGACGAUUACCCCCUGGACUAACAGAAGCUGAAUUCUGGACAAUCCUCGGCGACGACUGGAAAGUCGGUAAUGGUAAGAUUGAGUGGGCGGCUUAUAAAGAUGGAAAAGUGUCUAAAGACGCUGCAAAACCCUCGCGACCAGCCAGAGCUUAUCUCAAAGUCAAGGAACAGUCACUGUUGGAUUUGCUGUCCAAAGCGGUCAGAGAAUCAUCUUUUCAGGAUGCUAAAAACACCAGCAAGGAUCCUUGCCUCCUGGGACCACCAUCUCUUGAGUUCGCACCGUACAACAAGAUGCCUGUUCCUCGCAUUCGACACGACGGUAGACAAGGCACCAUCGAUCAGGAUCAAGAAUUCAUCGAUUUCUUACAAAGUCUCACUGAGCCAAUCAACAAACCAGCAUCGAACGGAGCCGAAGCCACCGAUGUCAAAGCAGACACGGUUACCAUCACCCCACUGGUCCAGUAUAUCAAAGAGAAGAAGGCCAACAAGGCCAAAGAAGCCGCGCAGGCCAAAGCCGCGAAGCGGGAAAGUAAGGAGGCCAAGCCCACCAAGAGUGAGCGUACUCCGACAGUCAUCAUCAAAGGCAAGAAUACUUCCAACUUGACAGAGAAGGAAAAGGAGCGAGUAGUAAAAGCAACCCAAGAUGCAGUGAAGGCGGCCAACAAAGCAGCGGCUGCUUUGCAGGGGAAGCAGACAACAUCAGCAAAACCCGAAACUAAACAGACAUCAGCAAAAGAGGCCCAGCCGCAGCCCUCCGCAUCCGCAGCAUCAACACCUGCUACCACACCUUCGAAGCGAGAGCGCAAUCGAGAGCGGGACAGCGGAAGGGCUGCUGCUCGCAUGCUGCAGAGGGAUCUGGGGCUCCUUGCGAGAGAAAACACCUCACAGCGCACUCCUAAGACUCCAUCGUCGAGCACAGCUACAACAAACGACACUGUAGCUUCAUCUUCAACAGUGAAACCGUCAACUCCUACCACCGCUGCGAAAUCCUCAGAGCCCCCUGGAGAACAAUCCAAACCAACAACCCCAGCUACAACCACCACCCCUGCAGCUCCUCCAACCGGUCCACGUGCUGCACGAACUCCAAAUACCACAUCGACAAAGCCGGAACCACCUAGCGCACCAUCAGCGUCUUCGGCUCGACCUUCGUCCAUUCAACGCCAGUCCAAAACCUCGUCUCUUCCGCAGCCCACAUCCGGCGCAAAGUCCGCUUUCCUCAAGCACGCGAACCCGUCCCAAGGAAUCACGGAGGACCUUCUUCAGCAAGUGUUCAAGGAGUUCGGAGCGAUAACCCGCUGUGAGAUUGAUAAGAAAAAGGGACUAGGUUAUGUUGACUUUCAAGAGCCCGAGGCGUUGAAGAAAGCCAUGGCAGCGAGUCCAGUCAAGGUUGCGCAGGGGCAGGUCGUCGUGUUAGAGAACAAGUCCCACCAUGGGAAGCGCGGAGGUGGCGGAGGGGGAAGCAGCCAAAAUCAGACAGCAUCUGGACAGGGAAAAGCAGGGGCUGCAUCGUCAUCUCCCGUUGGGGUUUCACCCGCUGCGAACUCCCCCAACCCAGCUGCUGCCGCUGCACAAGCCACGGCGGCUUCACAGACCCCCACCGCUGCUGAAAGUCUGGCGGCUGCAUCCACCACAGCCAUGUCCUCAGCAACGCCAACCGUGGCAACCCCGCCUACAGCGCCGCGAGGGACCGCUCGAGGAGGCGCAAGCGGCGGUCGUCCGGGCGGACGCGGGAGCAGUGGAGGAAAGAGAGAGGGUCCCCGUGGCGCCAGCGGGGCUGGCCAAGGCCAGGGUGGUGGCAAACAAGGCUAUCGUGGUGGUGGCGGAAGAGGAAACUUUGGAGGUGGCAGACGCAGCGGAGGAGGUCAAGGAAACGCAAAUGCAAAUGCAACUGCUGGCACUGGCGCUUCUACUGCCACCACCACAACAGGGAGCACAGGCUCAAGGGGUACUGAGGGAACUCACAGCGCCACCCCAACCCCAGCUGGGAAGGAAGACGGAAAGAAAGAUUGA